AUGCAGAAUAUCUAUAUGAGAGAAUUCUUUGAGAAGAAGAAGAAGAAAUACAGGAAUGUAUCCUCUCUCUUUUAUCUUCUUUGGUUUUUAUUUCUUCAUUUUUCUUUAGUGUCUUUCUUUUCUCUUCUUUCAACACUUUUUCUUUUUUCCCACUUUUCUUCUCAUUCUUCUACCUCUCUUUUUCCUUUGCCAGAUCUUUCUCUCUUCUACUUUCUCCUCUUUUCAAUUUUCUCUCUUCUUUCUGAUCUUUCUCUCCUUCCCUCUCCAAUCUUUUCAUUAAUUUUUCUCUCCCCUUUCUCAGCUUUCUCUCCUCACUCUGAUAUUUAUAUCUCUCUUUUAUGUGUCUCAGAUUUUUCUUUUAGUUUCUUUUCUUCUCUCUCUUUUCUCCACUUUCUUUCUUUCUUUCUCUCCAAUCUCUCUUCUACUCUCUCCCCUCUUCAUGAGUUCUUUCUGUCCUCCUCUCACUCUCUCAGAACUUUGAAUUCCCUGUUUCUCCUCUUUUCACACUUUAUCUCUAUUUUCUCCACUUUCUCUAAUUUGUAUAUCUCUCUCAGAUCUUCUUUCUCUCUCUCUCUCUCUCUCCUGCUGCAGAUCAUUUUCUUCUUUCUCCCCAAUAUUUUUCUCCUCUUUCACCAAUGUUUUGUCUUUUGA